AUGGAUUUUUCAGGGAAGAUCGUCCUCAUCACCGGCUCUGGUGGAGGUUUGGGAAAGGCCAUUGCCGAGGCAUACCUGAACGCCGGAGCGAAAGUGUCGAUUUGCGACAUCAAUGAGGAGCGCCUUAACGUAACGGCAGGCGAGUUCAAAAGGACGCAUGGUAACGACAAAUUCCUUGCGACGGUCACCGAUGUCACCGAUGAAGCUUCCGUCAACGAGGUUUUCGCCAAAACGAUAGAAAAGUUCGGCCGCCUCGACAUCAUGAUCAACAACGCAGGCGUGGCAGAUAAAUUCGACCCAGUUGGUGCCGUCGACCGCUCCCUUUGGGAUCGCGUCCUCGCCAUCAACCUGACUGCACCCUUCCUCUUUUGCAAGCUGGCAGUCAAUCAGUUCCUCGCACAGGAGCCUGCUGGCGGCGUCAUCGUCAAUAUCGCGUCCGUCGCUUCCCUAAAGAGCGGCAUAGCCGGUGCCGCAUACACAGCUUCCAAGCACGGCUUGCUCGGACUGACCAAGAACACGGCGGCCAUGUACAACGCAAAGAACAUUCGAACCGUCGCGGUGCUACCGGGAGGUAUGCAAACGAACAUCAGCGAGGCCAUGGCGACUGGAAUGAACCAGGAUGGCUGGGCAGUCGCUCAAAGGCAGAUGAUUCAGACCCUGAACGACCUCCAGGACGUUGCGCAAACUGUGCUGUUUUAUACGAGCCCUAGCGCAAAGGGCAGCAAUGGAGCCGUUGUGACCGUGGAUGGUGGGUGGUUGACUUUUUAA